AUGAACCAUGAAACAGGAACAUCACCUUCCGAACCAGAUAUAGCAAGCAUACCAGGCCUCAGGGCUCAGGCCACAGCAUCGCUGUCCGCUGUCGCGCCAAGGCUGCUCUGGCUUGCCCCCAACGCUUCAAUGCACGAGCCAUCCAGCUCAGCUGCAGGCGAAAUGAAGCCCCCAGAUCUGAAUCUAACUGAAACUGUACUCAACUCCGGUAUCAUGCAUGAGGGGUCUACUUGCUCUGCCACAAGCUCAGGUUGCCCAACUUAUUCAGGGGCGGUUGACAGCGGCCUAACCAAUGCUUCCAUGGCCAACAAUGCGGAGUCUUACAAGGUAAAAACAUGGGUGCUUGAUGAUGGCCGGUCCAAUGCUUCAAUAGCCAACGUUGUGGAGUCUUGCAAGAAGAACGUCAAGGUCUCUCAUAAGGGCAACAACGCACAGAAAAUUCAACAGCCACAAGCCCACACAGUUAGGAAAUCCAGAAGAAAGGCCACUCAAGUCCUCAAGCAAAGAUGUCAAAAGUCUAAAUGGAUGGAGCUCAAAGAUGAUUUCUUACUAACCCUUGCCGUGGAUUCAGCUUGUAUCUGCGUGUUCGAGAAAAAAAAGAUGAUUUCUUGUUGGCAUGCACGAAAAGUUUAG